CGCACAGCCCAGACAUACAGACCUAAGAAUCCAGUAGUUUGUGAUCGAGAUUGAGAAUAAUGGCCGAUAAGCAAGAUAAGGAUAUAUUGCGGCCAUUAAACGACAGCGAAGUGGAUGAGCUGCUACAGCUUUAUCUAUCAAAAUACGGUCCACUCAAUUUUCAUUAUCUUCUCUUUUACAAUCAACGGAAGUGGGAUAGACAGCUAGAAAAGGCGGGUAUAUCUGCAACCGAUCCAUCGUUUAUAUCAUUAAGGAAAACAUUUUACACACAUCGCAACGGGGAUUUUCGUCAAUACGGCACCUACGUGAGCUUACAUCGCGACGUAGUUCAAAGCGUUUCCUUCUUCACAUGGCAACCAAAUGAAAUCGAGCUCUUUGAAUGUCUGCAGCAGACGCAGCGCAUCGAAUGGCGUCAGGGCGCUUUGCUAACGAACGUGGAUCCUGACUAUUGUGAUCGCAUCAAAUCCCUGGCAUUGCAGCGUGGUGCUCCGGUAUUACAUCCACGGCAAUGCUAUGGAAUGGUAUUGGACCACCAGCAAGCUGUGGCAGUCCAGGUGCCAGAACUUUUAACCGACUUUGAAUUGCGGCCCCUAGUCGAUGAGGAUGCCCAAGCGGUGCACAGCAUUUGGCCCAAUAAGGGCGAAGGAUCUCUCGACUAUCUCAAGGCUCUAAUCAAAUUUAAUCGCACACUCGGCGCCUGUCGCAGUGACACGGGCGAACUUAUCGCUUGGAUCUUUCAAAACGAUUUCUCUGGCCUGGGCAUGCUUCAGGUAUUACCAAAGGCGGAGAGACGUGGUCUGGGUGGUCUACUGGCAGCAGCUAUGACCCGAUUAAUAGCCAAAACUGAGAAGGUAACCGUAACCGCAUGGAUUGUAUCGAAUAAUUUUCGUUCUGAGGCAUUGCUCCGGCGUAUUGGCUAUCGGCAGUCAAUUAUGAAUGAAUGGAUCAAACUAGAACCGGCUAGUUAGUUAAAAAUGAAGCCUUAAUAACAUAUUUGGCAUUUUGGAUUUGGUUUGUUUUAAGUGAAUAGUUCUUAUGUGGUAACAAAAAUACAAAUGGAUUUCAAUUGGUCGAGUACAUCUGCAAA